UCAUUCCCACAUCAUCAUCAUCAUCAUCAUCAUCUCUCUCGAUGGCUAGUUUGAGCUUCAUCAUCGGCCUUAUUGGGAAUAUAAUCUCCUUACUAGUUUUUGCUUCUCCAAUAGGGACGUUCAUGCGAGUGGUGAAGAAGAAAUCAACAGAGAAUUACAAAGCAAUUCCAUACAUAACGACGCUACUGAGCACAAGCCUAUGGACUUUCUAUGGACUCCUUAAGCCAGGUGGUUUGCUUAUUGUCACAGUCAAUGCUGCUGGUGCUGUCUUGCAAUUCGUUUAUGUCACUCUGUUUCUCAUCUAUGCUCCAAAGAAUAUAAAGGUAAAAUCAAUGAAGUUGGUGGGAAUAUUCGACGUUUUUUUUCUGGGAACGGUGAUAGGGGUGGCUCUUGGGGCAAUCCAUGGAAGCCUCCGGCUAACAAUUGUGGGAAUAAUAUGUGCAGUAUUGACCAUAGGCAUGUAUGCAGCACCCCUAUCUUCCAUGAGGAUGGUGGUAAAGACGAAAAGUGUGGAGUACAUGCCAUUUUUAUUGUCAUUUUUUCUUUUCCUCAAUGCUGGAGUUUGGUCUGUCUACGCUCUCCUUGUCAAGGACUAUUACGUUGGAGUACCAAAUGCAAUUGGGUUUGUAUUGGGCUCGGCCCAGUUGAUCCUCUACACCAUCUACAAGAACAAGUCACCCUCACCCUCAUCAACAAAAUCAAACGAGGAAAGGGAAGAAGAAGGAUCGACCAACCUCAUCAAGAAUGCCAUUGAAAUGCAGCAGGGCCACGACAAAGAUGACCCGAAAAGUAUAAAUCGGAGCCUUCACAAGGGAAGCAGCCUUCCGAAGUCGUCCAUUUCCCGGCAGUACACCGUCAAUAAACUCGCGAAGACACGUUCACUCUGCAACCCAUAUGAGUUGCGUUAUGGUCCCGAUCAUGACUAUGAUGUUGAAAAUGGACGCUCUUCAGCCCAAUAAAACAGUAAUGUUGAUCGUCCCCCUUAUAUAUUCAACCAUGGUUUUUUGAUAACUCACAUGUGUGUACUGCCCUUCAUUAAGCACAUUUUCAAAAGUUUUGGAAGCAAAUGAUAUCUAUUGGACCAAAUAGGUAAGUUAACCAAACUUCAGGGUUAAAAGUGUUGCAACUGUUACUAGGGGCGAAAUUGAGACUCGAUUGUAACGAGAGGGAUCAUUUCUAAAAUUUACUCUUAGAGUUAUUAGAUCGCAUACUCCGUUCAUGUAGGAUGUAAAUACGGCCUAUCAAGUGGAUAUAUACGUCUUCCAUUUAUGGAAGAUGGUAAUACGCUCAAAA